CCCUACUCACCGCUCACCCACCACCACACCGUCCAACAUGGCCGAGGAAGAAAACACCUACGUUCUCCAGACUACCGGCUUCGACGCCCGAUUCCCCAAUCAGAACCAGACCAAGCACUGCUGGCAGAACUUUGUUGACUACCACAAGUGUGUCAACGCCAAGGGCGAGGAGUUUGCUCCUUGCCAGCAGUUUAAGAAGGCUUACAGGUCGCUUUGCCCCAGUAAGUUUACUAUUCAAUUCACAAGAGGAGAGCGAAGCGUGGAACGCGAGGAGACGCAGGAGACGCGUAAAGCGGGCAGGGGGUCGUGAGAUCGCGGGUCCACGCAGGCGAUCAACGGGGUUUAAGAGCGUUCGACAAAUCAGCGCUGACACUUUUCGCAGACGAGUGGGUCGGCAAGUGGGACGAGCAAAUUGAGGCCGGUACCUUCCCCGCCUCUCUCAAGCCUUAAGCUCCGAGGCUUGGUUCGGUCUUGACGCAUCUUUGGUUCUUCGCUUUCUAGGCACAAUCUUUUAGGGCAUGAAAGCAUGGUAUCAAUGGAGCGAGCGAUAACAAAAGCACAC